AUGGAGACAGCUGGCAGCGGCGUCAAGUACGAGCAAAAAAGCGCUCAUAAAUGUAAGUUAUUUAAUUUUAUAUUGUGGCACUUAACCGGGCAGAUAAUAGUUGUAUUGACGUUUGAGUUUAUGCACUGCUCGACGACCAGUCAGCCUGCCAUUUGGUUGGCACGUUAGCUUAUGCCGUAGCCGCAACUAAACGAUAAUGUGGACCCGUGAUGUCGCAUUAUAAAUACUGCCAUGUUUUCCUUCAGGGACAGAUGAGGAUACUGAGUGGCUGAUCCGGUGGCGGGGACAGAACGAAGCCCUUUUCAGGGGAAGAAGGAACGCCGCCCUAAAGGGUUUUGAGUAAGAAAUUUUUGUUCAUGCGCCGUUGCGCCGUGGAUUUAUUUAUUGUAAAUACACGCUUCAACUGGAGCCGACCGGAACACAAACGUUGGCCAGGUCGGCCUUUAGAUUUAUUGUUAUCAGAGCAGCAUUCUACGAGCCGCAAACGCUCCCCACCACUCGACAGAACAUAAUACGAGAGUUGCUAUGGGUUUAUAACAAGAUGGGGAAAAAGCUACUGCCUAAUGCAGAAAUAAUAUGAAUAAUAUGAGUGGCUUGUAGGCACUUGCCACGUUCAUAUGCCCUUUUGAUUGCUCCUUUUUUGUCAUCCUUGUUUAGUGCUUUCUUCAAGGAGCAUGGGCUGGAGGGCCAAGUGGACCCAAGUUUUCCCCAAAAAAAAAAAGGGAAAACCUAAAGCAGAAGUAUAAGGUAGGUGGAGGUGUGACAAACACUUCAGUAUUUAUGUUUCGCAUCAAUACAGUGAAUGCUUAUGUUUUUAAAUUUUACUAUAUAAUCUGACUAUGUCAGAGUUGAAACAGUCAGUGUGAGAGGGACCUAUGUUAUCAGAUUAUCUUUGUGUGUGUGUCAUUUGCCAGGUUCUCAAGGCACCACUAACGGGGGUCAGCAUAGAGGGAGGAGAGGCCACUGCUGCAAACUGGAAAUGGUUUAAUAUCAUGGAUGAGGUGAUGAGGGACCGUCCAGCCAUAACACCGCCUAACCUCAUCACCUCAUCCAUUACACCAGCAGCAGUGGCCUCUCCUCCAAAUCCCCCUUCUGAGUCUCCUCCUGUGAGAGUGAGGAGAACAAGCGACUCACGGAGCAGAGAGUGGUUUGAGGAGUGGGUAAAAGAGUUUAAGGAGAGGGAGGAUGAAAGGAUUCGGCAGGCAGAGGAGCGGGAACGUCGGGCAGGGGAGAGGAAGAGGCAGGAAAAGAGAGAGAUGGAAGAAAGAUGGGUAAGGAGAGAGAGAGAGUGGAGAGAAGAGGAAAGAAAGAAUACAGAUAGAAGAGAGCGUGAGUGGAGAGAGUGGAUGGACAGAAGAGCAAUGGAAGAAAGGAGAGAGAGAGAGGAAAGAGAGAGGGAGAGUAGAGUGAGAGAAGAGAGGUGGAUGGAGUUAAUUGAAAGACUUUUUAAUUCUAAAUGA